AUGGCCAGAGCAAUUCAUGCAAAAGAGCUCAUGCUACAGGAGAAGCUGUGGAGCGUAGAGGAAAAAAUAAGACAAAAAAUCCAGAGAGACACUGCUGCACGUGGUGACCAAAAGAGUGAGGAGCAGAGACACAAGAGGGGACAAGCAGAGAGGGGAAACACUCAGACCCAAAACAGGCUGUCCGAGCAGCAGAGGAGAGAACCAUUGAGAGGAAGAGAAAUGAAGAGCAGACCAGAGGAGCCGAGACAGGAGGAUAGCACAGAUUCCAGCCUCCAGCUCCGUCCUUGCAAAAUUUGCAACAGAAAGUUUGCAAGCGAGAGAUUACACAAGCAUGUCCAAGUCUGUGAAAAGGUGAACCAGUCACAUCGUGAAGUCUUCAACACCUAUCGUAACAGGACCAAAGGAUCUGCCAUAGAGGAGUUCUGGAAAACCCACAGCAAGAGUCCAGAGGUUUUAAAGAAAAAUAAUCAUACAAGGAUUCUGCAUGAAGGCCGACUCCCAGCUGGAACAUCACAGACAAAAUGGUCCAAGUGA